AUGACAAGGGAAUACAUUAUAGAUAAAAUAAUAGCAAAAGAGGAUACCGUAAUACCACCGAAAACAAUAGCUAACAUUAAAUUUAAAACUAAUAUGGGGGCAAUAAAUGAACAAUUAACUAUACAUCCAGUGGACCGUUUAAGCCAAAACCAAUAUUUAAAAUUGGAAACAAAUAUUCUAGACAAAAACAUUAAAGAAAUCCAGGUGUACAAUUUUUCAAAUCUAUAUACAAGAAUAUAUGAAGGCACCAUAAUAGGAACAAUAGAAUAUAAAAAGAAAGAUGGUUUAUUAAUAAUUAAUGAAACAAGUAAAGACAUCAUCGACAGACAAGGUACGGUCAUUAAAAUUUCAAAUGACUUAACUAAUAAACAGAGAGAGAAGGCAACACUAUUAAUAAGUAAAUACCAACAUUUGUUUACCUCUGAACAAUUGGAAUUAAAUUGUGCCAAAGUGAAAGAGUGUGAGGUUAAUUUAGACUCAAAGGACCCGGUUUUCCAAGCACCAUAUAGAGUUUCUCCAAAACAAAGAGAAAAAUUGAAAAACAUAAUUGAUGAAAUGACAAGAGCAGAUAUUAUAGAACCCAGUAAGAGCAGUUAUGCAGCGCCAGUAUUUCUUAUACCUAAAAAACAGAAAGGAGAAUACCGUUUCUUAGUGGAUUUUAGGAAACUCAACGAACAAACGAUAAACGAUAGACACCCUAUUCCUCGUGCACAAGACAUAUUUAGAGCAUUAGAAGGAGCUAAAUAUUUUUCUACCGUUGACAUGGCCCAGGGUUAUUUUCAAAUUCCGGUAAGGAAAGAGGACCACGCCAAAUUAGUAUUCACUACGGAUUCUGGAUUAUUUCAAUUUAAACGAAUACCACAAGGGUGGAAAAAUUCGGCACCAAUUUUCCAAAGAACAAUCAAUAACAUUUUUAGUGAUUAUUUGUAUAGAUCAAUAGUAGCUUAUUUAGACGACAAAUGUUGUUUCGCAGAUGAGUUUGAAAAGGCACUAUGUAAUUUAGAAAAAAUGUUUAUAAAGAAAUAUAGCAGCUGUAAAAAAAUUUCCUAA